AUGGAUAUACUGUUUCCCAAUCUGGAUUCUACUCAACUUCUUCUUGAGUACGGAAAACGAUGGAUCGAUGUGGACGCUAAGGAUCAAGAUCGUGGUGACACUGCACUACACAUCGUUUCUCGUAAUUUUCGCAAAAAUGUUCAAGGAACUGCAACGAAGAUAAUAGAACUGCUUCUCGAUGCAGGUACUCACAUCGAUUAUGUUAAUAACUAUGGAAAAACACCUCUUGAUCAAUCAUCUGGUAUUGGCAUACGUACUCUUUUACGAUCAAAACAGACACCUUCACGACUCAAGUGUCUUUGUGCACAUCUCAUUAAUAUUCAUCAAAUUCCCUAUGAUCAUAUAUGGCCUAAUCCAACGGCAUUGACUACUUUUGUACAAUUGCAUGAUCAGCCAUUAUCAGAAGACGAUGAUCUUGAUUUUGGUUUAUUUGACUAA